UGGUGUAAAAUUUAACCGGGCGUCUGUGAUGGCUGAAGUCUCAUAAAAAUAAUCGUAAAUUAAGCGGUGCGGACGGUUUAUUUCGGCAAUAAGCGGACAAAAUGCCUCGCGUCAAGGCUGCCCCGAAAAAAUGCAUCAAGUCGAAUUUACAGCAGCCCGCCAAUUCGUGGGUGUUUGUGAUAAAAGGUGAGGCUUUGGAAUUGUCUGAGCAGUACACUGGCAGCGGGACUCCGGAUAUAGUGACACUGAGACAUCCUAAUACUGGAGAGUCGGCGGUUUUCCUGUUUUCAGCGGCUAAUAAUUCCGUUCAGGAAAUCCUCUCCUUCAAUGAGGGAAAACGUGGCUGGUUCAUAGAUGAUACGGUGAAAAACGAUGGCAAAAUGCACCUGUCUUCACCCAUAGACCCAAUAUUUUUAGUACUUCCAUAUUUAAAAAAAUAUUGUAGUAGCCAAGUCAUACCUUUAGACCAGUUGUUAAGGGAUGAAGAAUUUCCAGAAACAGAGAGACUGUUAAAAUCAAGCGGCCUCAAAUACUUAAACCUGAUUGCUGACAGAAAGGGUGAUGAAGAACUCAACGCCUUCAAGUACAAUGAAGAGAAGACCCUGUCCUGGCUCAAAAAGAAAACAGAAAAACUGGCGGAGAUCCUCAAAGCCAAGAACAUACAGGUGACAGGAGGCGGCGCAGUGUCCGCCACCUUCGUGAAAACCUCCAACCCGGACGCCGACGCGUACCUGAGGUACGCCCACGGCAUCGUCUCCGAGUACUUGAUGGAGGACCUCAGCCAGAAACUGCUCAAAUACUUAAACCUGCCGGAGGACACGUCACAAACGUCCCUUAAACGGAAAAGCGCUCAGCUGACGCCGCAGCAGCAGGACGCCAAGAAGCCCCGCAACGAGGAGGAGAACAAGAGCAGUUCGUCGAACGUGCUGGAUCUGAGCAAGCCGGAGCCGAAGACGCCCAAAGCGCCGGGACUUAGUGCGAAAGACAAGGCCAGGGCUAAGGCGGCGACCGGUUGCAAGACGAUAAGUUCGUUUUUCAAGAAGACCUAAAAGUACUUUCACAUUUCCCCGAUUCAUCCAUCAUCUAGGUCAAUUUUUAUCAUUUCCAAACUUCCAAAAAAACGUUCGAUUGUUCAUUUUUCAAAGUCAAUAUGAGUGAGGUUGGAUAGAUUUAUUUUGUUAACAAAACGAGAGCCGAUCGCCGUGAUUUUUCCGUCAAUGAAAACGCUUUAUGGCAAAAUGCGUAUUAGACAAAAUGUAUAUAAACGGCCUUUUUAGUGUAAUUUUCUCUAUUUGGCCUGGAGUUGAAUCUGAACAUCUCCAAAAGGCGAAAACUAUUUAAUACUGGGUUCUGUUGAUCUCAUGUAUGUCUAGUUUUGUUUAUUUUCUUUAUUGGUUUAUUUGUCGAAUUUUUGUUGUUGUUGUACGUUAAAAUUGUUGAUUUGCUGUGCAAAUUAAACACCAGAUAAUUGUUCGUUUACGAGAGAAUUUUAUACAAAAAACAUAGAGACUGUUCCUCUAUAUUAGUACUUCCUAAUGUGUUCUCACGGUUGUUUUAGUUAAAUAAAAUCCGAUAUUACGUUCAGUUUAAGAAAUUUCUCUAAAUUACUCUCAUAAACCUUCAAUUAAAACUUAAAAUUGCUCCAUUAAUUAAUACUCCAAGAGAAAUUUGUUCCUAUAAUGGUCAAAAUGAUGACUGAAUCUGACUAGAAGUAUUAGUAAAUGUUAAACUGAGUGUAUCAAGUAAAAAAUAAAAACGAAGCAAUGUUUACAUUAGACUAGAAUGAAGCGACAUUCAAAAUAAUGUUCAAUAAGUAGAAUACCAUGUAAAACAUUUUAUUUUUUUAUUAUGUAAUAUUUUCACUUAUAUAUUGUGACUUAGAUUAGGAUUUUUAUUGUUAAUAUUUUCGUCGUUAUGUGUAUGUGAUAUAUGUAUUCAAAAUAUACACUGAAAAUACAAA